CCGCCAUGUAUUUCUUCUGUGACGUCUGUGUCUUCAUUUUCAACAAAUUCACUACCAAAAGUUCAUAACCAAGCUAUCAAAGUCCUUCGGGAUAUAAAGAGACCCAUUCUUAUUUCAAACAAUACAACCGAAUAAAGAAAAAGCAAAAAAAAGCACCAUGGCACCAAAGGCGAUAAUAGCGCCUUCGAUCCUAUCGGCCGACUUUGCCCAGCUGGGCGCCGACUGCAAGAGGACUAUGGAACAGGGCGCCGAUUGGCUUCACGUGGAUAUUAUGGACGGUCACUUCGUACCUAAUAUCACUUUCGGCGCGCCGGUCGUUGCUAAGAUUCGGAAACACGUUGAUAAGCCUGAGGGCAAGUAUGGGCGUGGGACGUUUGAUUGCCAUAUGAUGAUCGCGGAGCCCAAGAAAUGGGUCAAGGAAUUCCAAAAGGCAGGCUGCGAUCUCUACUGUUUCCACUACGAAGCCGCCUUCUCGAGCGCUGCCGAGAGCCCCGAAGCUAAGACGGACGCGAAGACGAACCCUAAAGAGCUAAUACGGUACAUACACGACCUCGGACUACUAGCCGGUAUUGCGUUGAAACCCAUGACUGGUGUUGAGGUUCUGACUGAACUGCUGGAGAGUUCGGAUCCGAAGGAACGACCUGAUAUGGUCCUUAUCAUGACAGUCGAGCCCGGAUUCGGCGGACAGAAGUUCAUGGCAUCGGAGCUACCAAAGGUCCAAGCCCUACGCCAAAAAUACCCCGAUCUGAACAUCGAGGUUGACGGUGGUCUCGGCCCCGGUACUAUCGACCAGGCCGCUGACGCAGGCGCAAAUGUGAUUGUCGCUGGUAGUGCUGUGUUUGGUGCCAAGGACCCCGCUGAGGUUAUUUCGCUACUAAGAACGUCCGUCGAUUCAAAGAGUGGAGGAAGGCUAUAAUGGAGAAUUACUGAAGAGGACGCUUUGGAUAUUAGAGCAAGCGGGUUGGAGCACAUUAAGUAGGCGGGCGUAUAGGGUAUAUGGGUUGUGUAAAAAGCAGGGGCGAGUGGUGGAUUGGUUAGAUAUAGGAAUAUAAAUAUUUCGCAUCGCGUUUUGGAUACCAUAUAU